CUCAGACUCCCUCCGUGUUCGGACUGAUAAGGUUCUCAUGUGACUGCUUCUCAGCUAAUAUCAACAGACGAGUUGUCCGUAACCCCCACACUCCAUAACAAGCACCACUGACAGCAAACCGAGUGUGGAACAAGGACAGCCAUGGCUCAGCCACUAUUUAUCCUUGUUGGCCUUCUGCUGGCCUUUGGCUUUUCACGUAAGUUGGAGUUCACCUAGAACUCUGUAGAGCGUGCAGUAUGUGGAAGGGUGAGCAGGAGAUGAUUGUAUAAAGAUACUUUAUAUAGGGGUUUGUACAGAGUAUUAUGUACUCUGGUAAAAUAUGUUUUCAUCCAAAUGUUGAAUUCCAUCUAAUGUCCACACACCUUGCGCCCAGCUCAAUGUGGAACGUACCCACUGGACAAUGAUAUACAUUUGGUUUUUCGUUAUCCGUGUUCCAGUAUUUAUUCAGAGGAGGACAGUGGGAACGUGGAAUCCUAGCAGGAGCACUGUCUAUGCUGUACAUGUAGUUAGUCUUGUAGGGUUGUUUACUAGUGAGAAUUCAGAGUACAUUUCAGUUUUAAGGCCAGGCUAGCUAAUGUAGAAGAACAGCUGACUUAGAGAUUGUUUCUAGUUAAGCAAUUUUAACUUAAAUUUGAAAUUCUCACUUUUGUAAAUAUUGCUGCCAAUCUCUGCCUCCAAUUUACUAGUCCAGUCUCUGUGAAAUCUCGUGUGCAGUGAGUUUGUGGUUGGAAAUGUUGUGUUAAUAUCAUUUCCUUCAUUCUCGAUUCCAGAAGCCAAACUUGAUGUUAUAGCUGAUACCGAACCAGUGAUUGUGAAGCCAGGAGAAAAGGUACAGCUGAAAUGUAUCCUACAAAUUGAUGCAAAGCAGUUGCAGGUGAAGGAUUUCAUGAUUCAGUGGUUCACCAAGGGGAGGCAGGUGGCAGAGUUUGAUACAAAAAUCACCAUUGAUAAACCAGGCCUGUCACUGUCCGAGGAAGCUCUGAAGAAAGGAGACGGCACACUGACUAUUGCUUCGGCCACAGUGGAAGAUAGUGGAAACUAUCGAUGCUACCUGACAUAUAAAUCAGAUCUCAGCAUCAAAUCCUUAGUUCUGAAGGUUGAUGGUAAGUGGGAACUUCAUACAUUGUAUCAGAUCUUAUAUCCCUAUAAUCAGUGUUCCUCCAGGAAGGAAACAUUAACAGGGCUAUUCAUUAAAGUGAGAAUUCAAAGUGAAUGGGAUCUUUAAGGCGAGAGUGACCAACCUGAACCCACAGCUGGAUUAGGGAAUUGCCCAGUUUGGCUAUUUUAUCUUAAAAUGUGAAAUUCACUUUCACAAUUUCUCCAAUUUCCCAGCCUGUCCUGGGACAUCAAUGCUAUGUAUUGUAUAUAUUGUAUGUGGUAAACUGACACGAGUCGUUCUAGAACGCUGUAUGAUUAGCUCUGCUUUAUAAACGUUCCAUUAUUAACUGAACAAGUCACAACGUGCAACUUGUUUGCAAUGUACGGGCUUGUAAAGACAAACUGAAUAAAAUUGCAGUAUCCAUUCCUGGACAACAAGGGGUAUUGUGAUACAGAGAGCAACGUUUGGGCUUUAUUUACUAAACACUGAAUCAAAAUCCAAAUGGCUAAAAUGAUGUUGGCUACAUUGACAUUGUGGCAGGCUUAUGCAAUGUAUGAUCAUAUAAUGUAACUAACUCCCCAUUAUUUGCCUAGAUUAGGUGUUUUUAAAAAAAAAAACAUUUAGAAAAAACUUUUUCAAAAAUGAAUAAAAUCUGUCAACAUUGAAUUUGCUGUUUAGUAGAUAGGAGACUGCGCUGGAUCUUGUGUAUUGUUUAUUGUAUAAUAUGGCCCCCAGCAGCACCCUAUUUAAGCAUGUUCAGGUGAGUGCAACCAACCCCGGAUGUUUCAUAUAUGGCCAAAAUGUCAAGCCUGGACUGAGCUGGAUAAUGUGACCAAAGGUUUUAGCCUCAUUUUUCCAGUUUGGUUUUCAGUUUAGUACAAUUCCUAGUUUAGUGAAUAAAUCUUAUUAUUAUUAUUAUUAUUAUUUAUAUAGCGUCAACAAAUUCCGUAGCGCUUUACAAUAUUAUCAAAGGGGGAGAUUUAACAAUAAAUGAGACAAUUACAAAAAUGUACAGGAACAACAGGAUGAAAAGGACCCUGCUCAAACGAGCUUCCAGUCUAUACUAUGAAUGCUAUUUAGUAGAAUUGGUGACUUAACAUAAACAAGGGAUAAUCAUUUUAUUAUUUAUGUCUUUACAUUUUAAAAAGUUCUGUUUGUUGAAACAGAACCAAUAAGUCCAUUCAUUCCAAAUUGGGAUUCCCAUGUGAGAAACGCUGUGAGCAUCGACCUUCCUGUCUCUCUAUUAAGCCCCUAUUUAGACAGUUAGACUAGAGCCUUUUUAAGGGAGGAAAUACAAAUUCAGAGAGAGAGAUAAAAAUAUACAGGGCUUUUCACUAAAGGGAGAAUUUAGAGUGAAUUCAAAAUUAAUUUCAAUUUUAAUGUAAAAAUUAAUGAAUUUGAAAAAUUCUCUCAGUCAGUCAUACUUCCAGCUACUUUGGUCUAAAAUGUGAAAUUAACUCUGAAUUUCAAAUUUAAGGUCAGAGUAGUCGAUCUGGAUGAAUAUCUCUAGCUUGGCUAUUCUGACCUUAAAUUUUAAACUCCCUUGAAAUACUUACUUUAGUAAAUAAUGAUUUAAGUGAAUUCAAAGUAAAUGUAAUGACAAACUCACCACGCUCCCAGCUUGGAUACUUUGCCUUAAAUUUGAAUUUCACUUUGAACUAAUUUUGAAAUAGUUCUAGUGAAUAACCCUGAGAGACAGACAGCGAGAAACAUUAAAUUUUUAUAACAGGAGCAGAAGUAAGACAUUGUCAGAGCUCAGAUGGAGUUAAAUAUGUGUAUAUUAAUUUAUUGGUAAAGUCCCAUUAGCUCACAGAGAAACAUGGAGGCACACUGGCUCAGGAAUAAAUGGCCUGUAUCUUUAAUGGACAUGAUGUGUUAUUCUCAGACUAGGUUUAAUGUUUUUAUUUACCAUUUCUUCUAUAAAACAAUGCAUGUUCCGUAAUGGCGACAAUAAUGUCACACGUGUCUGUUAUGUUUCAGAUCCCAACAAGCCGAAAGAAGACGAGAGCUUUGAGUUUUCUGACACCGUUCUGACCAAAAAGGUCGAUAAAGUCAUUGACUGGUUUGGGAAGUUUGAUGCAAAAAUGGAUGAAUUGCUGAAAGAAACAAAGAAAUGUCAUCCACAAGGAAAAGCCACCCCAGCAAAAUAAACGGAAAUCCUGUGUGUCGACGCGUUUCUCGGCAUCCGUCUCUGCUUCCUAUCUCUGCUUCAAAUUUACUAAAAGCCGAAACAAUAUUCACUGAACCGUGCGUUGGCAGCCAGAUUGUAGAUUUAAGACAAAAAUAGCACAAUUGGAGAAAAAAAAAACUAACACAUCAUUUUUUUUUUAUAUAUAUUUUAAUAUAAUUAACUAACUUUGACCUAAAUUUAGCAAUUUUGUUGCCAACUUAUAUCAACUGUUUAGUGAAUACAUUUUUAACUUUCACUGCUCAGAAAACUGUCAAAACAUAUUUGAUUUGCACUAUUUCUACUUGUGAUUAACUUAAUGUUAAAACAUGAAAAAUACUAUCAUUUACGUUGUUUUAGUUAUACAAAAAAUACUUUAAUUAGUAAUUACUGUUUUCAAGCCAAACACAGUGAAUUCACAGGUUGUCCAACCAAUCACAGGGUAGAUUUGCAGGAUGUCCAGCCAAUCACAGGGUAGAUUCCCAGGAUGUCCGGCCAAUCAGAUUUUCAUUCUAUUCAUUUGUGCAUUGACAUAGCCAACUAUUUAGUAGAUUAGGUAUUUUAAAGGGAAAUACAUAUUAAAUGCGCUGUAUUGGGGUUUAUGGUGUUGAUGCAAGUUUCUAUAUAAUAAAAUAUUUUUUUCUGUUUCUCGCACUUUUGACUGAUAUUCGUUUAUUUGGUGCACUAUAUAUGGAGUAAUAGGAGGGUUAUAUGGAGUAAUAGGAGGAGUUAUAGGAAGGGUUAUAUGGAGUAAUUGGAGGAGUUAUAGGGAGGGUUAU